AAUGUAAAAUUCAGCUUCCUUUUUGAGUGCCUCAUCUCUGUUCGUUUGAGUCUAACGUCCUUGCGAAGGCUACCUAAACCAGGAUCCUCGAUCAGCCGUUUUCCUUCGCGCAAAAAAUGGACAAAUCGCAGCUCAUGAAAACAGUAGAGAGCUUGAAAUACCAACUUCAAAUCCAACGAAUGCCCGUGUCUAAAUGUUCAAACGAUCUAAAAUCAUACUGCACACAGAAUCAGGAACACGAUCCGCUAAUAUGUCCUCCAGAUAAGAAAGACAAUCCAUGGGCGGAGAAAACUAAAUGCACUGUUCUAUAAUAAAGACCUCUCGACACCACAUUCAAGACUUCUUCGCAAACAAGGGGGAAGGACUUAGAAGCUUACCCAUUUACAAAAUCAAUUACUUCUUUGAGUUAACGAUGGAAACAAAUGGAUGGCCAAGCUUGACAAGUGUUUAUUGGAGGUUGCCCUUCUCUGGGACCGGGGUUUAGUAGAUAGUCUAUCAAAAGACCUCUUGAGCUUCAAUCUGUGGCUGUUUUUUUUUUUUUUUUUCAGUUAUAGUUUUUUUUUAAGCAAAUUAGGGUUAGGGACUCUGUAGAAAUUGAUUUGUAUAAAUAUAUCUAAAAUUCGAAGGCAAACAUUGUAAAUUAUGGUACUUGUGUCGUUGAUCGCGGACUUUAAUUUAAAAUGUCCUACGGACUACAUGACAACUCUCUUGGUGAUUACUAUUGAUGCAAAAGUUGCCUGAUCCUCGUUUCGACAUCUAUAGUGCUAGAAAGAUACAGUAUACAAAUAAAAUUAGUCUGCAACAAAAAAAGGGAGGGAAAAGAUAUUAUGGAGCUAUUAUUAUUGCUGAAUAGUAAUUUUAAGAAUAGAAAAAAUUAUACCAAAUGAAAUUAGAGAACUCUAUACCAAGUACGCAAAAUGACAUUUCAGUUGAUGUGAAAAGAUUUUUGAUAGCUAGAGAAAGGAACCAAUGAACUGGUGACAUGGAAAUACUUGUAUACUGGAAUUGUACAAAAGUCGAAUUUAAACGAGCAAUAAAGAGUUUCAAAUCGUUUAAAA